AUUUAUUCUUUUUUGCAGUAUUAUUUUGAGGACAGAUAUGACUUGGUCAAGUUCAUUAAGCUGGUUCAACAAGCUGGCCUUUAUGUCCAUCUCCGGAUUGGCCCCUAUGUUUGUGCUGAAUGGAACUUUGGGGGAUUUCCUGUCUGGUUGAAAUAUGUUCCUGGCAUUGAAUUUAGAACAGAUAAUGAACCUUUCAAGGUUGCUAUGCAAAAAUUCACAGAGAAGAUAGUCAGCAUGAUGAAGGCAGAAAACUUGUUUGAAACUCAGGGAGGUCCAAUAAUUCUGUCGCAGAUAGAGAAUGAAUUUGGACCUGUUGAGUGGGAAAUUGGAGCUCCUGGUAAAGCUUACGCCAAAUGGGCUGCACAAAUGGCAGUGGGGCUCGGCACAGGAGUCCCAUGGGUUAUGUGCAAGCAAGAUGAUGCCCCUGACCCAAUAAAUACCUGCAAUGGCUGGUACUGUGAAAACUUCAAACCAAAUCAGAAAUACAAACCAAAAAUGUGGACAGAAAACUGGACAGGCUGGUAUACGGAAUUUGGAGGUGCCACUCCUAAUAGACCAGCAGAGGAUUUGGCAUUUUCAGUUGCAAGAUUCAUACAGAAUGGUGGUUCAUUUGUUAAUUAUUACAUGUACCAUGGAGGAACCAAUUUUGGACGGACUGCUGGCGGCUUCAUUGCUACCAGCUAUGACUAUGAUGCUCCUAUUGAUGAAUAUGGGCUAGUAAGGGAACCAAAGUAUGGACAUUUAAGAGACUUGCAUAAAGCCAUUAAAUCAUGUGAAUCAGCUUUAGUUUCUGCUGAUCCUACUGUUAAAUCACUUGGAAACAGCCAAGAGGCUCAUGUUUUCAAGUCGAACUCAGGGGCAUGUGCAGCAUUCCUUGCAAACUAUGACACAAAAUCCCCAGCAAAAGUUACGUUUGGUAAUAAGCAAUAUGACCUACCACCCUGGUCCAUCAGCGUUCUUCCUGACUGCAAAACUGCAGUUUUCAAUACUGCCAGGGUUGGUGCCCAAAGCUCACAGAAGAAGAUGAUACCUGUUAAUAGUGCAUUUUCUUGGCAGUCAUACAAUGAAGACAGCCCCUCUGCAGAUGAUGAUGGCACCUUUGCAAAUCAUGGGCUGUGGGAACAGACAAAUGUCACCAGAGAUACUACAGACUACUUGUGGUACAUGACAGAUGUAAAUAUAAGUCCUAAUGAAGCCUUCCUGAAGAGUGGACAAGAUCCUCAGCUUUCCAUUUGGUCAGCAGGUCAUGCUUUACAUGUUUUCAUUAAUGGUCAACUAUCAGGAACUGUGUAUGGUGGAUUGGAAAAUCCAAAAUUGACAUUUAACCAAAAUAUCAAGCUGAGAGCUGGCAUUAACAAGCUGUCUUUGUUAAGCAUUGCAGUGGGACUCCCGAAUGUUGGCACUCAUUAUGAGAAAUGGAAUGCUGGUGUUCUAGGCCCUGUAACAUUGAAGGGCUUGAAUGAGGGGACAAGAGACUUAUCUGGACAGAAAUGGUCUUACAAGAUUGGUCUCAAAGGCGAAGCUUUGAACCUUCAUACGGUUAGUGGAAGCUCAUCUGUUGAGUGGGUGGAAGGGUCACUAUUGGCACAUAAACAACCUUUGACAUGGUAUAAGACAACCUUUAGUGCACCACAAGGAAAUGACCCAUUGGCCUUAGAUAUGAGUAGCAUGGGAAAAGGUCAAAUAUGGAUAAAUGGACAAAGCAUUGGACGCCAUUGGCCAGGAUAUAUAGCGCAUGGUAAUUGUGGUGCUUGUAACUAUGCUGGAACCUAUGAUGACAAGAAAUGCAGGACCAACUGUGGGGAGCCUUCUCAAAAAUGGUACCAUGUUCCCCGUUCUUGGCUGAAUCCAGGUGGAAAUCUCAUGGUUGUGUUUGAAGAAUGGGGUGGCAAUCCAACAGGAAUUUCUUUGGUCAAAAGAACCACAGCAAGUUAAGUCUCCGGUCUGACCAACUUCAGUACAUAUUUCACUUCUCAAAGUCUAAGUAUUUUUCAUUAAUGCUACAUAAAGCUCAAGUGAACCAUAUCGCGAAGCUGAUAUGGACUCCACUCUACUAGAGGGCAAUAAAGUUCAAAAAUUACUAGAAUCAGUUUUGGAAAGCUGAAUAUAAAGGUUGUGAAGUGUUUAGAAAGAUACUUUAUAUAUGUGCAUGGGCAACCUGUUAUUUGUCCCAUUCAGUUUCUUACAUUCUACUUCGGAUUGCUUUUUCUUCUUGGAACCAACUUGUCAAUGUAAGUUCCAGUAGAAAGCUAUUUCAUUGUCUUCAUUCUGUAACAAUAAAUAGGGAGUAAUAAAGGCAAGUUCUUGAAUUGUAUUUGAUCAAAUUAGCUCUUCUUUUCUGUUUCGCUUCAUACUGUAAACAGGAUUCAUUUCUUGUGAAAGAAUGUAGAAAGAAAAUGUUAAGAUUUAU